AUGAGCGAGGGAGAGGGUACUUUGAUUGACAAGUCUGAGAGCAGCUCGUUCGAAGACCUUGCAGCGGCGGCUGCUCAUGAGAUCGAAGAAGCCAAGCUAGCCGAAGCGGCUGCUGCUACUGAAAAAUCGGAUGAAACCAAAACUAACGAAUGGCACGAUGUCAUCGGAUCAGGAGCACUACUGAAAAAGAUAAUCAAAGUUGGUGAUGAGUCAAAGGGAUUGAGAGCCCACAGAAGUGAUAUUUGCAGAGUUAGCUAUGAGGUCAAAAUUAAGGAUACAGAUGUUAUUGUCGAGAAAAGAGACGAAGUUAAAAUAUACUUGGGGGAUAAUGAAGUACUCCAAGGGUUGGACUUAGCGUUAACAUUGAUGUAUAAAGGUGAACAAUGUGUUCUACACAUGUCUCCACGGUUUGGUUAUGGAGACUCUGGUCUGAAGCCAGGGGAAAGCUUGGGCCAGGUUGGUGAAGUUGAUAGUCCAACAUAUGAAGGACCAGCUAUAGGACCAGAUACUUGGUUAGAAGCAACAGUUGAACUCCACGACUGGGUUGAAGAACCAGAACAUGAAACAUUACCAAUUGCUGAACGAAUGGAAAUAGGUGUACGACGGAGGGCCCGCGGUAACUGGUGGUACGGACGGGGCGAAGCUCAACUAGCUGUUCAGUUAUACAGACGUGCAUUGGACGUUCUCGAUGAGUCCGAAGGUGGUAUCACGGACCCGACACCAUCUGGGGAUUUUCCGCCCACCUCAGAUGCUUUACAGUCGCUGUUAGACGAGAGGCUCAGAGUACAUAACAAUAUGGCUGCUGCACAGUUAAAAGCUGGUGCCUAUGAGGCUGCUUUGCAGGCGGUAACACGAGUCCUAAGUUGUCAACCGAAAAAUGCGAAGGCGUUGUACCGCAAAUCCCGUAUCCUAUCUGCGAUGGGACGCAACUCUGAAGCAUUGGAGGCUGCACGGGCAGCCGCGGCUGCAGCUCCCGAAGACUCUGGGGCAAGGAAGGAGUUACAACGUUGUGAACAAAGAGCUACCAGGGAAAGAUCUGUUGAGAGGAAACUAGCUAAGCGAAUGCUAGGUAAUCCGAUUGAACCUAAACCGGACUCGUCGCCUGAUAAGAAGCCUUCUAGAGCCAAGAUGUUGAUGUGGGGCGCAUUGACCUUUACCACACUUACUUCAUAUACUAUAGAAAUUGAGAAUAUUCCAAUGGUGUUAUUGGAUGGGAAUGGUGCACUAUACUUAAGGCCACGUCAUACCUUCGCUGAUAAAGAAAAUUAUAGGCUUCAGGCAGCUGUUGGUCUUUACCAUAUGUAUCAAUAA